ACCAAAAUGCGCGACGUGAACAGGGAAAAAAUGUUCAACAUGGGAAUAUUCAAGCAGGGAAGACUGUCGCUGAUGUUGUCCGCACAUGUUUGGGCCCAAGGGCAAUGCUUAAAAUGCUAAUGGAUCCCACAGGAGGAAUUGUUAUGACAAAUGAUGGAAACGCAAUUCUUCGGGAGAUAAUUGUCGAACAUCCUGCCGCCAAGUCGAUGAUCGAAAUCGCUCGUACUCAGGACGAAGAAGUGGGUGAUGGCACGACA